AGAUGUCUUAACAGAGAACUGCUUUCCAAGUAUAACAACGACGGACUCGUUAGCCAUACGAGUGAAGAACAAAGGAAAGUUGAGGAAUCGGUUGAGAGAUGUUAUGAAGAGAUUGAAGGCAUUGUAGAGAAUGACAAUCAAGCGCCUCAUUUGCUGCGCGAUAAGCACCAGAAGUACUUAAUCCGUGGUCUCAGCCAACCAUUGCAUCAGUCGUUCCAAUGUCUGGACGCGUCCCGUCCGUGGCUGACCUACUGGAUCACCCACUCCCUGGCCAUUCUUGAUUUGGACUCACAUUUGGAAUUAAAUGCUAUAAAAAUAAUUAAAUUCUUAACGAAUUGCAAGAAUAAAGAGGGCGGAUAUGGUGGGGGACCCCAACAGAUAUCACAUUUGGCCACCACUUAUGCGGCUGUCAACGCUUUGGUGACACUGUGCAGUGAAAGUGCACUCAAAUCUAUUAAUCGGCAGGAAAUCAAGAAAUUUAUUAUCGAAAUGAAGCAAAACGACGGCUCAUUUCGGAUGCAUUCGGGCGGAGAAAUCGAUAUC